UUGAUGGCCUCUCUGAGUCUUUUUGUCGUGAAGGCAUAAAAUGAUGCAGCUGAUCUAUUUUGGGCUUGUGCUGUCUUUAUCUUCCUUAGAGUGGUGUUUUGUAGACUGUAAGCCAGCCUUUACCAAGACACCCAGCAGCAAUGGCAAAGUCUAUGUGGAUAAAGGCACCAACUCAUUUGCGUUAUCGUGGGACUUUAACACAGACGGAGAAACAGUUACUUGGGUGGAUCUGAUGUACAAAAAGAGCGGUUCCUCAGACGAGCUCAUUGCCAGAAAAAUUGGAAAACAACUCCAAGUCCCGAGAACAACUAAUUAUUUUGGAAGAGUUACCACUACAACAGAGAAAGCCACGUUUGUUAUAUGGUACAUUGCUGAAAGCGACGAAAGAACAUUUGAAUGCAAGGUUUACUUCUCAUCAGUAUCUAACCCCUGGAUAAUGAGUGCUGUUAAGCUAAUUGUAGUUGUUAAACCGAAGAUCACACUUUACACGACGCAAGCCCUCUUGAUGACCGAAGGAGACACCAGAACGCUGCUAUGUGUUGCCAGUGGCAACCCUAGACCAUCCUACACUUGGUAUAAAAACAACGUAAGGGUUCAGGAAGGUUCCGACAACUCCAACUACACAAUAACAUCAGCCAAUAGGUAUCAGACAGGGAUGUACCGAUGUGAAGCUGUUGUCACUACUUCAACGCUGGGUCCAUAUAGGGCUGACUAUAAUGUUAGUGUAACAGUAAGAUACAAGCCUCAGCACAAAGUUAACAGUUUGGAACGCAAUGAAACCUUUUAUUUAGGGCGUGAUGCAAUGUUUUAUUGCCGAACAGAAGCAUUCCCUAUUGCAAUCCAGUACAGCUGGUUUAAGAAUGACAACCAAAUUUCCAAUUCAAGGGACUAAACGAUCGUUAAUUUCGGUUAUGGAGAAAGCAGACUAACGGUUAAGCAAGUUAAAAAAAGUAGCGUUGGACGAUACUCUUGCUAUGGAAAUAAUGACGUUGGAAAUGGAAAGAAGAAAUCCGUUUUCUUAACUGUUCAUUAUGCUCCUCUGGAAAUAACUCUAAAACCAGAUCCAGCAGUUGUGAGAUUCAAUCAGACUUUAAUUCUGACUUGCCAGGCAGAUGCUGUUCCAUUACCUCGAUACUCUUGGAUGUUUAAUGGAAAAACUCACACCAAAGCUAUUCAUAACAUCCUAAAGCUAACGAAUGUACAAGUAAACGAUGCAGGAAACUACACCUGCGUAGCAGAAAACUUUUUUGGACGCAAAAACACAACAAGAGUUGUCAACGUAGAAUAUGCCCCUGCCGUUCAGUCUUUUACUACUGGAACUCCUAAAAACACUGUAGUUCAAGGAACACCCGUGACGGUUACGUGCAGUGCAAGUGGUUACCCUGCUCCAACGAUUACGAUAAAAAGAAAUGACACUGUUAUCAGUAAUGUGGGGGGAUUUGCAAUACCCAACAUACAGGUCAACGAAGAAUAUACCAUAUACACAUGUGAGCCGAGAAAUACUAUAGGAACAGGUGCUAAGAAAGAAUUGAAGAUUACAGUGCAAGUUCCACCGACCAUUUCUGGAAAACUUCCAGAUUCCAAAAAUGUAAGAAAGGAAAAUGAAGCAAUUUUGUACCAAUGUGGAGCUGAAGGCAAACCGGCACCAAACAUCACCUGGAAAUUUAAAGGAAAGAAUCUUAUCGAUAAGCCACCAUUCAAUAUCUCCACCACAGUGCGUGUAUCGUCCGAUAAGCUUAGGACGACUCAGUCAGUUCUCACCAUUGAACAAUUAACUUGGAGAGAAAGUGGUACUUUUUCUUGUCUUGCAUUCAACGACGCUGGUCAAGCGAUACAAUCUACAGAACUCGAAGUCGAGUAUCGACCAGUUGUUCAGUCUAUGGCAGAUCACCCUAAAAACCUCACCGUGGAUGAGGGAACAAAUGCAACUUUCACUUGUAAAACAAAGGGUUAUCCAUCUACCCAAGCUCACAUGUGGCAGUUUAAUGGAAGCAGAAUUUCGGGAGCUAACUGCUCAGGUUGUCAUAUAGCAACGUUCACAAAACCUUACGUGAAAAAAACUGACGCUGGGUGGUAUUCUUGCACUGGCAGGAACAUUCUGGGAGAAGGUCCUCCUGCAUUGGCAUAUUUAACAGUUAAGUAUCGUCCAACAAUAAUCUCCUCGCAAGAACUAUAUACAGUAAACGAGACUAGAAAUGUUUCCAUGUUGUGUCGGGCAGAUGGCUUGCCAAAACCUAAAAUUGUUUGGAAAAAGAAAGGCACUAGUGAGGUUCUCGAAAUUGGUGAACAGUUUCAUGUCCUCAAUGCCCAGGACAUUCAUAAUGGUUUGUAUUGUUGUACUGCAAGCAAUUACCUUGGGCAGCACACAAACGAGGUCACGUUGAAUGUUCAAAUGCAAAAUAUCUCUCAGAUGAACGACACUUCUACCAUGAAAGUGACAGUCAACAACACGGGUGAAUAUUUCCAUUGUGUGGCCUCAAACCCUCUUGGAAGCGACAACUUGAGAUAUACGAUACGAAGAAGAGGUGUCCCUGAUCCUCCACGCGAUGUGAAACUCCUGGCUUUUAAAGUAGCUGGGGCUAAAACUGUGAAUGUGAACGUGACUUGGACACCUGGAUACAGUGGAGGAUAUGAACAAACAUUUACAAUUUAUUUUCGUGUGAAAGGAAGCGACAGUGACUUUGAGGAGCAAUAUGUUGGACGCUCAGAAAACCACAUGUACACCAUACGAGGACUUAACCCUAAGACCGACUAUGAAUUUACUGUUCAGGCUUCAAAUAUAGAUGGCAAAAGUCAAAAAUCAACCAUAGUUAACGUUGUGACGCCAGAAUCCUCAAUACCCAUACCAGCUAAAAGAGGAAAAGUCAAUGCAACAAGAAACCCAGAUGACGCCUCUGUAAUAUUGGUUGAGUGGACAAUAGAAGAUAAAGAGGUCAGAAAGUUGAACCUUGAAAUCCAGCAGGGUGGGGAGGGUGCUUGGAAGCCUGUCUCUAGAGCAAGAAAUGUGGAUACGUCUCUAAAACACUUCACAGUGACAGGUCUCAGGGUCGAGGAGAUAUACAGAUUCAGAAUGGACAUGAGAAGGCCAAGGGAGCAGAAUCCUGUGUAUGUGUAUAGUGACGUAGUGCCAGCCGGUCAUAUUAACCCCAUACCUGAGAAGAGGGAAAAAAAAGCGUUCCUCUUUCCAACGUGGAUGAUUUCUGUCAUUGCUGGUAGUUCAGGAGCAUUACUUCUUCUCCUUUUUGUUCUUUGCCUCUGUCGACGUAGGCGUCGUCGCAAGACAGUUGAUGAAGUUGGACAAGGGAAGAAGAAUGCACCGUCAAGCUAUGUAGUCGGCGGUCCAGAUGUGGUUCCUACAGUGAGUAGGAGAGGCUCGUGUGGGGGCCAGGAAUCUAUAGAAGACGAUCCGUUUGUAGUCGCUGCAUCCAUGCAGGCCUUGGAUUCAACGGAUAGAAAAAAGAAAAAACUUGAUGCCUCUAUCAAUCAUGGAUACCAGCCUGAAGAGAUACUACUCAAGCCAGGCUCUCGUCAGGAGCAAAAUGGCCACGUUGUACACAGCAAAGAAAAACCUGAACCAGACUCAGCCUACCCAGCCAAAGGACCACAAAGAGAUUUCAACACAUUUGCCACAAGCGUCGAACUUGUUCGAACUCCAAGUAGAAAUACAACCGCCAUCGAGAAUCCUGUCUGCACAGCAGUGGACAAAAAGGAGUCUUUUUCUCAAACGAAAGAGUCAACCUUGCCUUUGCCUACCAAACACCAAAAUGGCGUGGUCAAAGGACCUCUUGAUCCAACGGUACAUUAUGCUACAUCUCAAAAGAAAAAGACUUCUAAGAGAACUCGUCCAGAGCCACAAGACUCAGCAAAUACUGAACCUGCUCGACACAACCCUUUGAAAGAUAAACCUAAAGAGGAUCCUCCGCUUGGAGAUCUAGAUCUGGAUGACCCUUCCAGCCUUCCAGCCAGCAAAAGACCAUCAGAAAAACCAACCUCCAUAGCCAUGUUGCCCUGCAGGCAGGCCGCCAACACCUUCCCAAAAAAUCUAAGUAAUGGUUCACCCGGACCACCAGGAUUUUUUUACAUACCUAUCAACAGAAAGGCACGAGCUCAAACUUACGGAGCAAAUAUGCCACAUCAACCACCUCUGCCAGGACGACCAAGAAAGCGCUAUGCAACAGUUGAUGGUCAACUAGUAAGGCUAAACUCGCAGGGUUCGGAAGAUUCUCGGAGUUCCCAGUCGACACAAAAGACGCACAUCUCAAAACCGGAAGACCCGACGGAAUGUGAAUGCGACAUAAGUGGAGUAUCGAAUAUGAGUUAUGUUAGUUACCUGGUGUGAGGAAAGUGGAGUUUUCAAGAUGCCACGUCAUUUCUUCCUCCUGAUAUGUAAAAAUUUGAAUCGAGCUCCCAAUGAUAAACUAAAGGACCUUGUACUAUUGAGGUCCAAACGCAUGUGCUUUUGUUUUGAAUACUCGUAAACGUAAUUUUAAAAAGAUAGAGAGUAUUUCAGACGUGUUUUUUACACAAUGCAACCAACAGAGGUGUACUCGACUCAGUUUUUAACAACGACAUUUUUCUUCGGAGGCUCGUUCUCGGUCAAAAUCGUUUUGAUGCCAAGGAGAAUCGAUUUGUUUUUAAAGUCAUCAGAUUGGGUCCUUUACCUUUUCGCUUGAUUAUAAAAGUAUCAGGGAGUGUUCAAAAGCUUAAGGGUUGCAUUCUUAUCAAGUAUCUUCGUUGAAAGAACGGGAGAGUCUGUUUUCAUCAUUUGCAAAGAUGUUUACAUGCUAUUCUGUGCUGCAUUCUCUAAAUUCGCUUGCAAAGAUUAUAUUUUUGCUGCAAAAGCAUUCUACUGUACGUAUGCAUAUAUAUUUUUUUCAAAUCACGCAUUCUGUAAAUUGUUGCUUAGUCAAUUAGGAAAAUGAAUGAUCAGACAAGUCGUUUAACUCUGCAGAGCUUUCUUUUGUUUAGGUUUGUAAUCAUUUGUCUACAUACCUAAAUUAAAAAGAACUGUGAGCUCUGGUAAAUCUUUUAAGCUUCUCCAAGACAAUGGAGACUAUUCCAGCUCUAUUUGGGGAAAAUGACAACUAUUCGACUUUCAAUUAAAAUUUAAUUUUUUUUUCUUUUAAGAAGCUUGUAACUACCUUGAUACAAAGAAAAUAAACAUAUAUUGUUUAGGUCGGCAAACUGAACUGUUUGCCUUAGUUUUAGACACACCAGGAUAAGCUUUGGUUGAAGACAAGCCAAGUGCUUGUUGUUGGUAUUUCUAGACAUCAACUAAAAGUACAAGAUUUUUUUUUACACAAAAGUAUAUGUUAGGUCAAUAAUGAUAAGCUAUUACUGGCUUAUUUUCCUGUGAAACCGUUCAGGAAGAUCUUAUUUUACUAUAAGAAGAAGAAGAAGGUCAUAGUUUUUCUCUUUCUAGAUGCUUGUUAUUACCUUGAUACUAAGAAAAAUAUAUAUAAUUAUAAGUACAGUUCAAAAUGACUAAAAUGAAACACGCAUAAUUCCCUGUAACUCUGAGUUUAUGCAUACGGACGCGUCAAACAUUAAAUCUGUCUGAAAAGUGGGUAAGCACGAAAUUCAGAGUUACAGGGAAUCAUGCGUGUUUCAUUUUAGUCAUUUUGACCUGUAUUUCGCUCUAGACUCAUGCGUAUUGAGCACUUUCUAACAGCAUUUGCUACAAUUUCCCACAAGUAUAAUUAUAAAUAUAUUGUUUAGGCUGGAAAAUUGAACUGUUUGCCUUAACUCUAGAUACACCAGGAUAAGCUUUUGUCAAAAAAAAGCCGAGUAGUUGUUGUUGGUAUUUUUAACUAAAAGUACAAGACUUUUUUUAAAAUAAAAGUAUAUGUUACGUCAAUAAUGUUAAGCUAUUACUAGCUUACUUUCCUGUGAAAUCAUUGACGAAGGUCAUAUCUCUACUAUAU